UCAGUAGGUGUGUCAGUCAGGGGGAGUAGAGUCUUAAGUGGUGAGGAGUGGAACCGCUGUCUGGUUGUGCACCUUUCACCAUGGUUGACACCCGUAGUGGGAAGAGUACUGCCCCCUCCGAGGCCGAGCAGGCCCGGAUUGCCGCCGUUUUGAGAGCGAAGAAAGAGAAGAAAGAGCUCCUUAAGCAGGCGAAAUUGACAGCAAUCGCAGAGGAGCAGGCGGCGAAGAAGAAGAAGAUAGCAGAGGAGAUGAUGAGGUUGCAAAAGGAGAAGAUGCUGCGAAUACAGUUAGAGGAGGAGGAAAGGAGAAGGGCUGCAGAGGAAGAAGCAGCAGCAGGAGAAGAGGAGGAGGAAGAAGAGGAACCUCUUGAGAGGAGGCGUAGGGAAGAGAGAGGAGAAGCAAAUGGCACGAAGGAGGAGGACAGAUGGAGGGAGAAGAAGAUAAGUGAAUGGGUGGCUAAUUUAUCCUUGGGAGAAGAUGAAGAGGCACAACUGUAUGUGCCGCAGGAGGAGAGGGAGGCGUUUGCCAGGGCACUAGAGUUGAUAGAGGAUCCCUUGGAACGCCAGGCGACAGAAGAUGAAAAGAAGUUGGAGUGGAAAUUAAAGAUGAUGAGGGAGAAGAAAAGGAGGAGGGAGGAAGCCAGCAGAAUAGCCGGGAAGGUUGAACGAGUGCGAACUGGCAGGCAGGAGUCGCUGGCCCAAACGGAGGUUUCUGCCAAGUUAGACAAGAUGAUGGGCCCGGAUGGAGGAGCACCAGGUCCGGAUGGAGGAGCACCAGGCCCUUGCGGCAGGAGCGAAGGUGUGGCGGGUAAGCGAUUUGCGGAGAUGGAUGGCGGAGGCUGCGGCCACGGUCUGCGGGCAGAAGAGAUGGAGGCGGUGGCGAUGGCGGUGUCUACCGUCGUCCUGAAGACGAUGAACGAGAUGUCAUCGUCGUCACGAGACGUGGCGAAGCAGCUCCGUGAACGACGAGCGCUGUUGCAGAGUGUUGUCGAAGCAGCGGAUUGCAUCGUAGCCGCUCUCGCCGCGUUCGUGGAGAAGAAGGUCACGCACUACAGGACGCCAUUGCCAGCGGAGCAGGUUAUCGCUUUCGCGUUGUACAAGUGGGCGUCCGGGGAGACGUACGAGAGUGGCACUUCAGCUUUCGGCAUCGGCAGGGCCGCUGGACUGCAGGCCGUCCGCGACGUCACUUCGGCGCUGCUGCGGGCGUACCCCGACGCCAUCAAGUGGCCAGUCGUCGUGGAUUUGGAUCUCCGGAUCCUAGACGUCCACGUCGGAUACCCGGGGAGUGUGCACGACGUCCACGUCCUGCACAAUUCCCAGCUCUGGAGGCGCGCGCAGACUGGCGAGCUCUUCGACGCAGCUCCAGAGAAUCUGCCGCACGGUGUCGUCACGCGAGGAUACCUGCUGGGCGACAACGGUUAUCCUGUUGCCUGUCCAUGGAUCGUGCAGCCGUAUGGAGGAAUAGACCAAGGUCCUGAUGAGGAGCGCUUCGACAACGGGCAGAAGGUGGCGCGGGGGUGUGUGGAGAGGGCGUUCGGCCGACUGAAGUGCAUGUGGCGUCUGUUCUUGCGCACCCACAAGACGAACCUGGAAACAUUGCCACAGCAAUUCGUCGCCGCCUGCACUCUCCGCAGAGUGGACUUGGGCAUUGUCGGGGCCGGCGGAGGCGGGCGGCCACAGAGCUCCAAUGUCGAGGAGGAGUUGUUGCGGAACGCGCUUCGCGACCGUCUGGCUUUGAUGUAGGCCCUCGCGGAGAGAGAGAGAGAGAGAGAGAGAGAGAGAGAGAGAGAGAGAGAGAGAGAGAGAUGGCAUGGUCCGAUCGGCAGGCGGGKGGKAGUGKGGCGUGCUCCGUGUCCUUCGUCG